AUGGCUUCACCAGUAGAAAUUCCACUUCGUGAAGGCGAUGAGGAUAAAAAGAGAGAAUUAUUUACAAGAGCAACUCAACUUUAUGCAACUGGUGACAAGAUCAUCAUGUACGACCAGAAUCACUUGUUGGGUCGCGCCUAUUUCUGUCUUUUGGAAGGUGAUAAAAUGGAACAAGCAGACAAUCAGUUCAACUUUGUUCUGAAUCAAUCACCCAGCAACAUCCCAGCCAUUCUUGGUAAAGCUUGUAUAUCGUUUAAUAAGAAAGAUUAUCGUGGAGCUCUAGCGUUCUAUAAAAGAGCGUUGCGUACAAAUCCUAAAUGUCCAGGCGUUGUUCGUCUGGGAAUGGGACAUUGCUUCUUAAAACUCAACAAUCCAGAAAAAGCAAAACUAGCAUUUCAACGUGCCGUCGAUUUAGAUCCACAAUGUGUCGGAGCUCUCGUUGGACUCGCAAUUCUAAAAUUAAAUCUUCAUGAGCCCGAUUCUAAUCGCUGGGGAGUUCAAAUGCUCUCAAAAGCUUACACUUAUGAUCCAACAAAUCCAAUGGUAUUAAAUCAUCUUGCAAAUCAUUUCUUUUUCAAGAAAGAUUAUGACAAAGUACAUCAUUUGGCACUUCAUGCAUUUCACAACACUGAAAAUGAAGCGAUGCGUGCUGAGAGUUGUUAUCAAAUGGCUCGAGCUUUUCAUGCACAACGUGACUUUGAUCAAGCUUUUCAAUAUUAUUAUCAAUCGACACAAUUCGCACCCAAUAACUUUGUUUUGCCUCAUUAUGGCUUAGGUCAAAUGUACAUUUAUCGAGGCGACAGUGAAAAUGCUGCACAAUGUUUCGAGAAAGUUCUUAAAGUUCAACCGGGAAAUUACGAAACGAUGAAGAUUCUCGGGUCACUUUAUGCUAAUUCAAGUUCACAAACAAAACGCGACACAGCAAAAAGUCAUUUGAAGAAAGUCACCGAACAAUUUCCUGAUGAUGUUGAAGCUUGGAUUGAAUUAGCACAAAUUCUUGAACAAAAUGACUUGCAAGGUUCUUUGGCAGCUUAUGGACAAGCAACGAAAAUAUUGACUGAACAUAUUAAUACUGAUGUUCCACCUGAAAUUUGGAAUAAUAUCGCAGCUUUAAGUUAUCGAAUGGGAAAUUUAACAGAAGCAAAGAAUAAGUUGGAAAUGGCACUUGAACGUGCAAGAAUCGAAGCUGAACAUGAUUCGCAAUAUUAUGAUUCAAUUUCUGUCACAAUGACGUACAAUUUAGCGCGACUUUAUGAAGAAAUGUGUGAAUUUGAUCGAGCUGAUAAACUCUACAAAGACAUUUUAAAAGAGCAUCCAAAUUAUGUCGAUUGUUAUCUUCGAAUUGGUUGCAUGGCUCGGGACAAAGGUCUCAUUUUUGUUGCAUCAGAUUACUUCAAAGAUGCUCAGAAAAUCAACAUGAAUCAUCCAGAUACUCGUUCACUUUUGGGAAAUCUGCAUUUGGCGAAGAUGCAAUGGACUCUUGCUGAGAAGAAUUUCGAUGCUGUUAUGAAACAACGUCAAGACUCAUACGCUUUGAUAGCUCGAGGAAAUUAUUUCCUACAAUGCGCCCAUCAACCUAACAGAGACAAAAACAAAGAUAAACAAAAUCUACAAAUGGCUUUGAAAACAUUUACAGAAGUUAAUCGAUUAGAUCCAAAGAAUAUUUGGGCUGCUAAUGGAAUCGGUUCAGUUCUUGCCCAUAAAGGAUAUUUCAUUGAAGCUCGUGACAUCUUUGCACAAGUUCGUGAAGCGACCGCUGAUUUCUCUGAUGUUUGGCUCAACAUUGCUCACAUUUAUGUCGAACAGAAGCAAUACAUCAGCGCCAUUCAAAUGUAUGAGAAUUGCCUGAAGAAGUUCUUUAAACACAACAACGUUGAAGUGAUGCAGUAUUUGGCUCGAGCAUAUUUCCGUGCUGGUAAAUUAAAUGAAGCGAAAACAGUUUUACUUAAAGCUCGUCGUGUUGCACCACAUGAUACGGUUUUAUUAUUCAACAUCGCUCUUGUGUUACAACGCCUUGCAAUGCAAAUUCUGAAGGACGAAAAAUCUGUUUUAACGGAAGUCCUGCAGGCUGUUCACGAACUUGGAUUGGCACACAAAUAUUUUACAUAUUUAAAUGUUCAUGGUGAUAAAACUCGCUUCAAUAUCGCUGUUGCAGGAACAGAAGCUGGUCAAUGUCAAGAUUUAUUAUCCCAAGCUCAAUAUCACGUUGCGCGUGCACGAAGAAUUGACGAAGAAGAGAAAUCGAUGAGAUUGAAGCAAGAACUGGAGCGAUCAGCAUUCAAACAGAAGCAGGAAGAAGAGCGUCGUCGAAUAGAGGAAGAACGUCAUCGAACAAUGGAAGAAAUGCUGAAGAAACGUGAAGAAUAUAAAGAGAAGACGAAGGGCGCACUCAUCAUUGAAAUGCCGGAAGACAUGCCAAAGAAACGAGGUCGUGGCAGACGAGAUUCAAUUAUUGAUUCAGGAGAUGACAGUGAUGGUCAACGGCCUGAAGGUGGCGAACCAAGUCAACAUUCGUCAAAGAAACGUCGUAAAGAGCAUUCAAAGAAAUCUCAUGGAAAACGAAAUCGACGUGAAAAACGUAAAAACGAAAAUGCUGGUUCAGAAAGUGAAGAUGGAGCUCCAAGUAGAAAAAGAAAUCGCGGGCGUCCAACAGUUACAAGAGUUAAGAGAAGUGAUGGACCGAAGCAGAAUUCAAGAAUCAUUUCGAAAGCGACAAUAUCAACAAGUGAGUCUGAGAGUGACACAAGUACACGAAAUAAAGUCACAAAGAAACGUUCGCCAUCAACAGCAAGAUCUUCACGUUCAAGAUCCCGUUCAGGGUCAGGUUCACGAUCUGGUUCUGGUUCUAGAAGUCGUAGCCGAAGUGGUUCAGGUUCGCGUUCUCGAUCUCGUAGUGGAUCGAAACGAUCAAAAUCAGGCAGUCGCUCAGUGUCACGAUCAAGAAGUCGAAGUCGAAGUGGAUCACGAAGUGGUUCUGCUCGCUCACGUUCAGGAAGCCGAAGCAAAUCUGGAUCUCGAAGUCGAAGUGGAAGUCGCUCAAAUCGUUCACGAAGUGGAUCUGCUCAUUCACGUUCUCGUUCACGUUCAAAAUCUGGCAGUCGCAGUCGAAGUCGAAGUGGAUCAAAUGCGUCACGUCGCAGUGGCAGCAAAUCGAAAUCAAGAAGCGUAUCAAGAUCAAGAAGGGGUUCAAGAUCACACAGUCCAUCAAAAACACCAACAUCAGAAUAAACUUUCCUUUCUUUCACAUAAUUUCUUGAUUAUCCUUAAGAAUGUUGACGAUUUUCUUUUCUGGAUUUGACUAAUUAUCAUCAGAUAAAUAAAGAAAAAGAAGUAAAUAAAUUCAAAUCGGAAACUUCAUAAAACUUAUUCCACC